GCGGUAGCUAGCUAGACAGCCGUGUGCUAUUCUCCCCGCAGCAGGUUUGCUCACACUUUUCGCUUAUACUUUGAUUUAAUACAUUUAUCAUUAAGUGGAAUAAGUCGUGCAACGUAGGCGCCAGUUUACGAAGCUGUUGUCAAAAGGAUGUUAGGAUGGAGUGUGGCCCAUUUCUGCCCGACAGCGUGGUGUUGGAGAUCUUCCUGCGUCUGCCCCAUGAUGCCGUGCUAAGAGCGGGUCUGACCUGCCGCCAAUGGCUGGCUGUUUCCAGAGAUGAGUUCCUAUGGCGGGAGCUGUUUUACUCUUACUACCGCAUCCCCCGUAACGUACCCCGACACCCAGCCUCUGUGUCAUGGUACAGGGAGUUCAAGCGUCUGUUUGACUGCAUCCCCUGUGUGGAGGUUCAAACACUGAGGGAGCACAGCGAUCAAGUCUUGCACUUGGCCUUCUCCCACCGAGGUCACCGGUUCUCCUCGUGCUCCAAAGACUGCACUGUCAAGCUGUGGGACACGGAACGCGCAGAUGGCAACAUCUCGCUGGUGCACAGUUCCAGCAUGCGUCAGUUUAACUGGGGCUACACCCAGUUCUCCCAGUUCAAUGCGGACGACAGCCUGCUGCUCGUGUCCGGUGUCUACUUGGGCCCACACCACUCCUCCUCCGGAGAGAUCGCCGUCCUCAGUCUGGAGAACUACACCCUGUUGUCGAGAGUGAGGAACAAGCCGUACGACGUCUUUGGCUGCUGGCUCAACGAGACCCAUCUCAUCUCUGGUAACCUGCACUGGAUCGGCAACAUGACGUCCUGCUCUGUGCUUUGGCUCAAUAAAGCCUUCCAGGAUAUCGAAUCCGAGAACGUCAAUGUGGUAAAGCGCCUUUUCAAAAUCCAGAACAUCAAUGCCAGCACCAUCCGUACCGUCAUGGUGGCCCACUGCCGGCGCCACGACAACCCAGACCUGCUGCUGGACUACAACGCUCAGUCUCAGGCCCAAAGGCUGAAAGGACAGCAGCAGCAGCAGCAUCAGCCACUCCUCUUUGAUUUGGGAACAUCCGGCAGCGAUGAGGAGGAGGACGAGGAGCAGGACGGGACUUCCCGCAGAACCACCGCCCGCCCCCCUACUCAGACCGCCAUCUCCACCUUUGAGCACGCUAAGCAGCGACGUAAGAAUGUGGAGCCCAGCCAGUUGGCCAUUGAGACCCAGGUGGCUCAGAUGAUGGGCCGGACCCACACCAAGGCCCCGGAAUCGAACCUCAUCGAGCCUGGCGAGGGAGAGGACAAGACCUACUUACUGUUCACCACCGGCAGCCUUACAUACUCCCCUCACCAGAUCGGCAUUAAGAGGAUCAAGCCGGACCAGAUGACCACUUCUGGACCUGUACUAGGAGAAGAACGCAGCUCAGACGAGUUUUUUGAUUCACUGGACCACGUCAUUGAUAUACACGGACACAUCAUCGGGAUGGGCCUCUCUCCAGACCACCGGUACCUCUAUGUGAACAGUCGGGCUUGGCCGGCGGGCUGCAUCAUCUCGGAUCCCAUGUCGCCGCCCCCCAUCGCUGAGGAAAUCGACCUGCACGUCAUUGAUCUGAAGAGCCUGCGGGAGGAGAGACGGAGUCUGCGCGCCCAUCGGGCCUUCACCCCAAACGACGAGUGCUUCUUCAUCUUCUUGGAUGUCAGCAGGGACUAUGUUGCCAGCGGCGCCGAGGACAAGCACGGCUACAUCUGGGACCGCCAUUACAACAUCUGCCUGGCGCGGCUGGCCCACGACGACGUGGUCAACUCGGUGGCGUUCAGCCCCGCCGACCAGGAGCUGCUGCUGUCAGCCAGCGACGACGCCACCAUCAAGGUGUGGCGCUCGCCGCGCAUGGUGCGCGUCACGCAGAGCGCCGUCCGGCCGCAUCGGCCCCGUGGACUCCUGGCGUCGUGGCUGAGCCGAAGUAAGAACUCCAUGGGUGGCGCCAUCAAUGGGAAGCCAUGAUGCCUGCCAAGUCCUAGUCUUGCCUGUAUGGAGGGGGACUACAUGAAUACACUCCAUGCAAGUGUCCUCCAUUGUUCCAGUGUUUGAUUUGGCCCACUUUGUGUGCGCCACACAUGCAAUGGCCACAAGUGGGCGCCAUUGUGCAAACAAUACAACAACACAGACUUAGCUGUGACAUGAACUCAUUUUUACCUGAAAGACAAAAGACAUUUUAGCUCGGUUUGAUUUUUUUUUUUUUUUAAACAUCACAUCAUACUUUUGUUUUUGCUCAAAGAAAUGACUGAUCAAUGUGGAAUUAUUUAAUGUCGGGGAGUUUUGUGACGCAUGACUGAGAGGAUCGCGUUUUGGAGAAACACACUCACUAGAUGCAUGUCGACAAAAUAUUACAGCUUUCAUUUGUGACAACGUGAACCACAUAAAUGAUCAAAUAAGACGAAAAGUGAGCGUUAUCAUUGUCAAAACACAAUGAUCGAUAGAGCUGCUGUUUUAUGUUGUGCAGGUGUACCUAAUGUGGCCUGUUAGUAUACUGUAUAUUGAAAUCCCUUUUAGUUUGGUCUCUUUAAAAAUCUGUUUCAUGCCCUUUACACCUUAACACAGAUAUCAGCUUUGACUCCUACAACUCUUUAUGUACUUGUACAUCCAAUUGUCUUAUUUACAA